CCUGCCAUGGCGAACUUGUACCGUCUCGGUCGGACACUCUUGUCGGAUCACACAGACGGCAACUCGAGCUACCUGUUCGACAAGAAGUCGGUUUUCACUGCGAAAGCGCUCAACAUGGCGAUUCCCGGCGGCCCGAAAUUCGAGCCUCUGUAUAGAGACAUGGACAGCUUCAAUGAGGACUGGAACGAGUUCAACGACAUCAACAAAGUCAUCAUUCGACAGCAAAUCCGGACUGAGUACAAGGUCGCUUUCCCCCAUCUGUAUAACUCCCUCCCUCGUUCCGUCCACAUAUCUCUGUAUCACACACCGAAGAACGUCUACAUUCGCACUGAUGACCCUGACCUGCCCGCGUUCUAUUUCGACCCUCUCAUCAAUCCUAUCUCGCUGCGUGGCUUUACACCGAAGAAUGUGCUACUCGUACCCCAUGAGGACGCGAUCUUCGGCCCCAACGAUGCUGAGGAUGACGACUUCGAGCUCCCUGGCGAGGUCGAG